GAUGAAAUUCUGCUGACUCCCUGGAGGGAUUUUCCCGUCGAAGACUCGGACCCGUUUGCCCCCCCGGAUGAAGAGAAGUGGGAUUUUGUCCUGGUGAGCGACAUCCAUGAGGUGGGCAGCGCGAAGGAAAUCAAGAGGAAGAAGUUCCUGGACGAGCUGAGCAAAAAGGGGUUCACCAUCAAGUUUGGGAUGAUUCUGCCCGGCGGGGAGCAGACAGGGCGGGAGAAAAUCUCCACUAAUCCUCUCCGUUCCGCUCCGCCACCAGAGAAGCUGCACGACCUGAUAAAGAAGAAGGUCUUCGAGGCAGCGUUUCCCCUGCACGAGAAAGAAGAGGUGAGGGAAUUCCUGAAGGAGAAAUGGGCUCGCUGGAGAGAUAUAUUUUGCCAACAGCCGAUCGAGAAGAUCAGCAAGGAGAUCUGCGAAGCCACGGACACCAUCAUGUGCCCACUCUGCGACCAGAAGUGCCCGUUCUGGCGGCUCUCCGACACCUGCACCUACGCCAAGGUCACCCACAUGAUCGACAACGAGGGGACGGUUUUGUUUGCCAUGUUCAUGGCCAUCUGGGCCACCGUGUUCCUGGAGCUGUGGAAGAGGCAGAGAGCCACCGUGGUCACCGACUGGGACCUGUUCCGGUGGGACGAGGAGGAGGAGGAGCUGGCUAUGGAGCUGAUCAAUAACUUGCAGCACGAACCUCGGCAGUACCAGCACUCCUACGUCCGCAGCACCAUCGUACUCCUCUUGUUUCUGGUGAUGAUCGCCGUGCUGAUUGGCAUCGCCCACGCGCUCGUGAUGACGGGAGCCGUGCUGCACUACAUCACCAUUGUUGUCAUGACCAAGGUCAACAGGCGUGUGGCUCUCUACCUCUGCGACCUGGAGAAACCACGGACCUUCUCCCAGCGCGAGAACAACUUCACCGUGAAGAUCUUCACCUUCCAGUUCUUCACGAACUUCUCUUCGCUCAUCUACAUCGCCUUUUUCCUGGGACGGAUCAACGGCCACCCAGGGAACUACGUGCGUGUCGCUGGCAAGUGGAGGCUGGAGGAGUGCCAUCCCAGCGGCUGCAUCACCGACCUCUUCAUCCAGAUGGCCAUCAUCAUGUUGCUCAAGCAGACCAUCAGCAACGUGAUGGAGUACCUCAUCCCCUGGAUCGCCUACAAGGUGCGCAAGAAGCAGCAGCGCCCCAAGAAGCGAAGCCUGAUGCUAGGGGAGGAAGAGGAGGCCGAGGACCCCUGCAAAAGGCAGGGGCUGAGCAACUACCGACUCAACGAGGUCAACAUCUUCAGCUUGUUUGACGAGUUCUUGGAGAUGG